AUGCCUUCCCAACUUUCUCAACUCGUCUCUCUCAUCGCAAAUGCCACCAAAUUCGUGGAGGACACGUUCGCAAAGACGACCGAACCCAAUAUUCCUUCAUUGGACGAUACCGCUCCCCAUCCCUUAGACGAUCAGGUAUCAUCUAUGGAGAUGAAAGAAGCCAUCCAGACGAUAGAGGGCGCAUGCGCACAGCUCUGUGCUCUUGUCGCUCGCCCUAAUCAUACUAUGCUCAACAGAUUCUUUGGCAUAUUUGAACCAGCGUGUAUCCGUGUUGUCGUGAAUUUCAACAUCGCUGACCACCUCCUCGACAAGCCAGAGGGCCUUCACAUCUCCGAUCUCGGUGCACUAUCAGAUGUAGAACCUCAGAAGUUGGGUAGAAUUAUGCGGCUUCUUGCAAGCAAACAUUGCUUCCGUGAAGUCAAACGAGAUGUUUUUGCGAACAACCGCCUUAGCAUGAUGCUCUUAAGCGCAAAUGGGUUGUCAUCUUCUGCUGAUUUUGUUACAGACGAAGCGAACAAAGCAGCAUCUAUGCUCACCGAAACCCUGAAGGACCCAGAGUGGGGGCAUUCCUGUUCUCCUCUUCACGCACCUUUCAAUUCCUGGAGCAAGUACCCUGGGUCUAUGUUCUCAUGGUAUGAAGCUGCGGGAGCCGAUAUUGCAGCGGCGAAAGGUGCUCGCUUCGGGAUGGCAAUGAAAGCCUGGGAUGAUUCCACUGAACUAUGGACUGUCGUCAAUGCAUUCCGGUGGGACUCUUUGCGUAAAGGUGCCACUGUAUGUGAUGUCGGAGGAGGAACCGGCGUCACCUCCAUACAGUUGGCGAACGUGUAUCCUGAUCUUCGCAUCGUGCUUCAAGAUUUACCUGCACCGAUUGAACUGGCGAAGAAUGAAAUUUGGCCAAAGUCAUGCCCGGCUGCUAUUGAACAUGGGCGCGUUGAAUUCAAAGCUUUCGAUUUCCUCGCGGAAUCGCCGGUUAAGGGCUGUGAUGUAUACUUUGUGAAAAAUAUUUUGCAUAACUGGCCGGACAAGGAAUGCAAAAAGAUUCUGCAAGGUGUGGGGAGCGUUAUGUCGACCGAUAGUCGUUUAUUAAUCUGCGACUACAUCAUUCAGCACGCCAAUAGAGACAAGACCACUUCAAACCUGAUAGGUUUCAAGCCGGCACCAGAGCCGCUGUUACCAAACUAUGGUGCCGGCUCCAUGACCCAGUACAAUAUAGACCUAGAAAUGAUGUGUGUGUGCAACAGUCAAGAACGCACUUUGGACCAUUUUGUUGAACUGGGCAAAGAGGCUGGAUUACAGUUUGUGCGUGUAUGGGACGCGAGGGAGGCUAGCAUCUUCGAGUUUUGUUUGGAAUGAAAGCCUUAUAGUCGUGGGUCUGCCAGAAGGAUACGUUAAUUGAGUGACAUUACGGGUAUUUCAGACUUUUCAAAUAUGCAUGUAUGAACCUCAAGUCUCUGAUCAGAGUCGAUUUGCCUACCCGAUUGAACAAUGCUAAUGAGCGUAGGUAGAAGCACCUACUUCCAAGAUGCGAAUAGACUGUCGAAGGCAUGUUCAACAUCGAGAAGUCGUCAGAGGCAGUUCCGCCAUCCAAGAUCAGAUAUAAGAAGCCAAUCCAAUAGAGUAUCGGAUCGCUCGUCGGCAACAAAAGCGCGUAUUUGUUUCG